AUGGGUCGGACGAAGAAGGAGGUGCAUGAUGGGAAGCAGACGCUGAAGCAGGCAAAGGCAGCUUUCAAGGCGCGCGGUUCUACCCUUGUCACCGACACCGAGAAGCGACAACUCGAGCGUGGCGCCAUCUUACUGCAGCGAGCUGAACGCAUCAAGGAGGCCGAGACGCGGAAGAAGGAGGUUCUGAAGAAGAAGACUCUCCAAGACACAAAAGCAACAAAGGCCUGCCUCUUGGGCACUCAACGCGUCAAUGACAAGUUCGGCUACCAGAGGAGUCAGUUCCAUCUGGGCGCAUUUCUGAAGCCCAAGGCUGCUGUUCCAGCUGCGCCGUUGCCAGAUGUGCAAGAAGAAGACCCACCAGAAGAGCCAUGGGAAGACGACGGUGUAGACGACGAUACUCUGCUCGACCUGGCUGGAGAGUCACCAGUCACGACUACCAAAGCACAACCCGCCCACACCCAAGCGCCUGCGCCUUCACAGCAGACGCCUAGUAAGACUCAUGGCCAUGCAAAGAACCAACUCGGUUCACCCUCGACGACCGACGAGUUUGGAAGCUUCGACGACCUCUUCGACCGUAGCUCUCAGAUAAACCUCUCGACCCCCCAGAAGCCUGCAAACGCUCCGUCAACGACACGUUCGUUCGAUCGUAUACCAUCCUUUACCUCCGGCGAUUUCGAUCUGUCCGCAGACGACCUUGAAGAGCUAGACUGGUCGGUCGAUAAUCUGCCGAACAACAACAUCUCGUCGCCACAAGCAUUGCGACACCUCAACAAGAACGGCGGCGACAUGAGAAACUGGCUGGAUGGGAAAGAGAUGGGCCAUGACCUCGACCGAAAGUUGAUGCCUCCUCCGCCUGCCAUACCCAAAAAAUGCAUACCGGCUCGUGUUGACUCUGCGGCACAAACAUCUGUGCCACCACACGGGAUCAGUUUCGCCGAGCUUGAGCAUUUGGCUGCCGAAGAAAUACAGCUGAGCCAGUUUGGGGACUGGUGA